AUGACGAUUACCACCCCUCGCAGGCUUGUCCGCCCAAGCGACAGCGAUGCGACCUCGAAACAAUUCCUUAGAGGCAGUCGCCUGAAAUCUCGCCCUUUCUAUGCUACGAUCCUUCUUCUAUCGGUUUUAACCGCUUAUUCUUUCCUAUCGCAUACCACCUUUGCACGGUCCAUCUCCACUCACGCGACCGACCCCGAUCAACUCUUCAAGCGCAGCUCCUCGACCGAAACUCCAGAGUGCAACGAAGUUCAUGAUGCACAGGAUAAAUGCGCCUUUGUGCGCAAAUACUGUACCGACGACGAUGCCGGGCUUAUACACUACAUCGACCUAUACUAUUGCACGUUUGGCAAUGUCCGACCUAUUGCGUUUACCUUCAUCGUUCUCUGGCUCGGCCUCCUCUUCACCACAAUCGGCAUUGCCGCCAGUGAUUUCUUCAGUGUCAAUCUUAGUACAAUCGCCACGGUUCUCGGGCUCAGCGAGAGCUUAGCAGGUGUCACAUUCCUGGCAUUCGGCAAUGGAUCUCCCGAUGUCUUCAGUACCUUUGCUGCUAUGGGCUCUAACAGCGCCAGUAUGGCCGUUGGUGAGCUUAUCGGCGCCGCAAGCUUUAUCACUGGUGUCGUUGCUGGCUCUAUGGCCCUGGUCAGGGAGUUUCGUGUCGAUCGAAAAACGUACACUCGCGAUAUUUGCUUCUUCAUAAUCGCUAUCGUAUUCACGAUGAUUUUCUUGGCCGACGGCCACCUACAUCUUUGGGAGUGCUGGGCCAUGAUUGGGUACUAUUGCAUUUACGUCGUUACUGUUGUAACAUGGCACUGGUACUCAACGAGGCGCAAAGCUAAACAACGCAGGGAAGGCGAAGCCCGCAGUCAUGUUUAUGCGGGUUUGGGCCACUCGGGGGAUGAGUUGGCCGGUGAGCCAUACCGAGAUGACCCAGAUGAUGUCGGAUCAAGAUCUAGCACGGCCCAUUCUACUCCGCCUGAUAUUUCGCUCCUUGAGGCGGGACCCAGGAUCGAGGUUGAUGGUACGUCGCAGCUAGAUGGAAGCGACACGUCGAGUGAGGACCAUGAGCGCAUGGUCGCAGCUGAGGUUGCCAGCAGCAUGCGAGUUCUCCGCGGUCGCGGAACCAGAAGAAACACACUGACGCCUAUUCGACCCAGUCUUGUAGGUGCACUCGAGUUCCGAUCUGCCUUGGCGCAGCUGCAACGUGAGGGCAACCUACAAUUAUCCACGAUUCCCGGAAGAAGCUAUUCGGAUUAUCAUGUGCACAGACGCAGGCAAACUGCCAUAACAGUGUCGGAUUCAACUCGUUCUGAUGGUCGACCGGUUUCAAGCUACGAUGCGCAUGCGCCAAGACGGAACAGAGCACUUUCUUCAGGAGAUGAACCCGUGGGGGCACCAGCUCACCCGGAUCUACUUAUUCCAAGUCGAAAUGGGUCCGAUGCGAACUUAUCAGUUCCCGGCACUCCAGCCAGCGGAACUAGAGCAUCAAGCCCGAGCCCGUCAUACACUGUAGGAGGUAAUCUGGCCGCACCUCCUGUUGGUCCUAGUGGGACCACUCAUGAUGCUCCUGUCGAAGCCCAGCAAGUACAAAUACCAGUUCCUGAGCUUCACCUACAUAUCCCCUCCAGUCGCCGCAGUAGCUACAGCGACCGAUCAUCGCCUAACACGCCUUUCCCGCUGUACACCGAUUCGCCAGCCUUGCUUACGCCUAACUAUCAUAACGACCCAAUCGAGUUCGUGUCACCAGGAGGAGUAUCGCCUAGUACCGUUGUGCCGGGUCCAGCAAGUCGUGAGACACCAUUUACAGACUUGCAGCUGACUGUUGAGGCUCCAUCGCGCCCUGUCAGGUGGUGGCCAUAUGCUGUGCUACCACCUCCCCACGUCCUCUUGUCAACGUUAUUCCCUACAUUGCAGGGCUGGAAAGAGAAAACGGCAUGGGACAAAUUCGUUAGUGCCAUCUCUGUUCCGAGCAUUUUUCUCUUGGUGGUGACUCUGCCUGUGGUCGACUCGGAAACAACAGAGGGCGAGUCGUCUAUCCUUGACACGAUCGCCGAGUAUACUAGUCAUUAUCAAGACCAUCACAGUGGUGUCCACCUUGCCCCGCCCAUUUCGGUUGAGCAUGCAUCAAUUGAACAAGAGGGAGAAUCUGAGUGGGAGCGGUACCGCAGACAUACUCUUUGCAGCCGCGGCAACAGUCAUGUAGGAUCUGCUGUUCCGUCUUCGGCGCGUGCUCUGGAGGGAGAGAACCUGGCUGCCUCUCAGUUUUCUCUUGGACCACCAGCGAUUGUAACAAAGCCUGCUUCGGAUUUCCCCUCUUCAAGCAGUGUCAGAAAUGACUCUACAGGCUGGAGUCGAUGGCUCGUGGCACUGCAGCUCUUCACCGGCCCUCAGUUUGCGGUUCUGGUUCUUUGGGCAAAUACUAUGGACGACUGGGACAACCCUCGGAUGACGUUGGUCAGAAUGAUGCUAUACAGUCUGCUUGCAUCGUUGAUUCUUCUGGCUGUUCUGGUCAUCUUUACUUCAGAAGAUAGACCCCCCCGUUACCACUAUAUGCUAUGCUUUAUGGGAUUCAUCAUUAGCAUUGCUUGGAUCUCUACAAUCGCAGGCGAAGUGGUUGGGGUCCUCAAAACAGUCGGUGUUAUUCUGAAUAUUUCCGAAGCAUUAUUGGGUCUCACCAUCUUUGCUGCUGGCAAUAGCGUGGGAGACUUGGUCGCUGAUAUUACGGUGGCACGACUUGGAUAUCCCGUUAUGGCUUUGUCCGCCUGCUUCGGAGGCCCUAUGCUGAAUAUCCUCCUGGGCAUUGGCAUUGGUGGUGUCAUGAUGAUGAUGAAGAAAGCAAAUAAGAAACACCAAAAGAACCCCAGCCAGCCGAUCAAGUAUAAGCCUUACCGAAUCCAAGUCAACGGAACCUUGAUGAUCUCAGCCAUCACGUUACUGGUAAUGCUGGUGGGGUUGUUGAUCGUGGUGCCCAUGAACAAAUGGAUUUUGAGUCGUAAGAUUGGAUGGGGAUUGAUUACACUUUGGGCAGUGAGCACGGUUGUAAACGUGAUUAUCGAGCUCGCUGGAGUUUGGGGAGAAAUGGCAUAG